AUGUGGGGCUCCAGCGUUGAUGAGCGAAAGCUCACACGCGAAAACACGAACCGACCUUACAAUCAAUGGCAUCGCGGAGACCCUCAGGAUGGCGCGGGAGAGCUCCACGAGCAACGGGAACCAGCCGAAGAGGCUGAGGGCACUUGGGGUGAGAGCGACGUUGGUGGAUUCACCACAGAGCGGGCGAUGCAAGACUAUGAGGAUCUUAGAAAGAACCUCACAGAAUUGUCCAAGGUUCGUUCUAGGGACAACAAUUCUCUUAAGAGAACAACCACAGGAGCAAGCGCGAGAAGUGGAAAGACUACGAGGACUCGACGCAAGUCAAACGCGACGCGCCAGGACACGCACCGAACCGAUGAGCAGGAGGAAGAUAUUGAAGCUGGCCCACAGGAUGAUAACGACGAGGACGAAUUCGAACUUGAUCAAUUUAUGCGCCAGGGUCACUUCGAGAAGCGCACCAACGGAAGCUCAGACAAGAAAGUCGGAGUAAUCUACAAAGACCUCACUGUCAAGGGAGUGGGCUCAACUACGACAUUCGUCAGGACUUUGCCCGAUGCCAUCCUUGGAACCUUUGGACCCGACUUGUUCAAGAUCAUUUGCCGCUUCGUGCCUGCUCUUGCUCGGCGGACAGGCGAGACACGCACUUUGAUCAACGGCUUCACGGGUUGUGUUCGCGACGGCGAGAUGAUGCUUGUCCUUGGCAGGCCUGGAAGUGGAUGCAGCACCUUUCUCAAGGCAAUCACCAACAACCGCGAUACCUUCGCCGAAGUAACAGGCGAUGUCUCUUAUGGAGGGAUCUCUGCAGAAAAGCAGAAGAAAAUGUACCGCGGUGAAGUUGUCUACAAUCAGGAAGAUGACAUCCACUUUGCCUCGCUCAACGUAUGGCAAACAUUCGUCUUUGCGUUGAUGAACAAAACGAAGAAAAAGGAGCAGGGAAAUGUCCCUGUCAUUGCCGAAGCACUCAUGAAGAUGUUCGGUAUUUCACAUACCAAAUACACCUUAGUCGGUGAUGAGUACACCCGUGGUGUGUCUGGUGGAGAGCGCAAGCGUGUCUCUAUCGCAGAGACGCUCGCCUCGAAAAGUACCGUGGUCGCUUGGGACAACUCUACUCGCGGCCUGGACGCUUCCACUGCGUUGGACUACGCUCGCUCUUUGCGGGUCAUGACUGAUGUCAGCAACCGCACGACGAUGGUGACGCUUUAUCAGGCUGGUGAGGGCAUUUAUGAGGUCAUGGACAAGGUCCUUGUUGUCGAUCAGGGACGCGAGAUCUUCCAAGGCCCGGCCAAGGAGGCGAGACAGUACUUCAUUGAUCUUGGGUUCGAGUGUCCAGAACGCCAGACGACUGCCGACUUCGUAACCGCCGUCACUGACCCAGUCGAGCGCAAGUUCCGUAGAGGCUACGAGGACAAGGCACCCAAGACGGCCGAGGAACUGGAACGUGCCUUCAGGGCGUCGCCAAACUACCAGAAAGUGCUCGAUGAUGUCAAAGACUACGAGCAGUACCUCAAGGAGUCUAACUACGAGGAUGCUGCACAAUUCGAGGGUGCCGUUCAAGACAGCAAAUCCAAGCGUGUAUCGGACAAGUCGAGCUACACCGUGUCUUUCCCUCGCCAGGUCAUGGCUUGUGUGAAGAGAGAAGGAUGGCUCCUCUUGGGAGAUACGACUACCCUCUGGACCAAGCUAUUUAUCAUCAUCUCGAACGGACUCAUCGUUGGGUCGCUCUUCUACGGCCAACCCGAGGACACUGCAGGUGCUUUCUCCCGCGGAGGUUCUUUGUUCUUCUCUAUUCUCUUCCUCGGAUGGCUCCAACUUACCGAGCUCAUGAAGGCCGUCAGCGGUCGUGCAGUUGUCAAGCGCCAUGAGGACUAUGCAUUCUACCGGCCUUCUGCUGUUACCAUUGCCAGGGUUGUCCUCGAUCUGCCUGUGAUUCUGGUUCAAGUCAUCAUCUUCGGCAUCAUCAUGUUCUUCAUGACGAAUUUGACAAUCUCCGCCAGUCAGUUUUUCAUCUACAUGCUAUUUGUGUACAUCACAACUAUCCUACUCACCGCACUCUACCGCAUGUUCGCGUCGCUUUCGCCUGAAAUCGACACGGCUGUUCGCUUCAGUGGAAUAGCCCUCAAUCUGCUGGUCAUUUACACUGGAUACGUCAUUGCGAAGCCUCAACUAUUACAACAGAAGAUCUGGUUUGGCUGGAUCUACUGGAUCAAUCCUCUUGGCUACUCCUUCGAGGCUGUAUUGUCAAACGAGUUCUCAGGACGCACUAUGGCUUGCGCUGACCAGCAGCUCGUUCCUCAGACGGUACCUGGAGGCCCCACCGUCGAUCAGGCCUUCCAAGGCUGCGCAAUUGCCGGUGCAGGCGUGAACGGCCGGACGGUCAGUGGUGCUGAUUACAUCGGAACACAAUACAACUACUAUCGGUCGAAUCUGUGGCGCAACUUUGGUGUAGUCUUGGCCUUCACAGCCUUGUACAUUCUUGUUACUGUCAUUGCAACUCAACUGUUCUCAUUCGACAACUCUGGUGGCGGAGCACUGGUCUUUAAGAAGUCCAAAAGGGCCAAGCAACUAGUGAAAGAAACUCCCUCCUCUGAUGAAGAGAAGGGUGGUAUCUCCGAGGACAGCAGCAGCUCCACCAAGAAGGAAACUGGCUUGGGAGACGCACCCACGGAAGAAGCCAAGGAAGAUGAGGCGCUGGAGCAGAUCACCAAGAGUGAAAGCAUCUUCACCUGGAAGGACGUCGAGUACACUGUUCCCUACAUGGGCGGUGAGCGCAAGCUUUUGAACAAGGUCAAUGGAUAUGCCAAGCCAGGUGUCAUGGUUGCGCUGGUUGGUGCUUCUGGAGCCGGCAAGACAACAUUGUUAAACACACUCGCACAGCGUCAAACCAUGGGUGUGGUCUCUGGAGAAAUGUUUGUCGACGGACGCUCCUUGGGUCCCGAAUUUCAGCGUAAUACCGGAUUCUGCUUGCAGGGCGAUCUCCACGACGGUACUGCCACCAUCAGAGAGGCUCUCGAAUUCUCGGCCAUUCUUCGACAGGACGCUAGUGUUCCUCGGUCAGAGAAGAUUGACUAUGUCAACACAAUCAUCGACCUUUUGGAGCUCGAAGACUUGCAGGAUGCCAUCAUCUCAUCGUUGGGUGUUGAGCAGCGCAAGCGACUAACAAUCGGAGUAGAACUCGCUGCGAAGCCAUCWCUCCUUCUGUUCCUGGACGAGCCGACUUCUGGUCUGGACUCGCAAAGCGCCUACUCCAUCGUUCGGUUCCUCAAAAAGCUGGCCAGGGCUGGCCAGGCCAUCGUUUGCACUAUUCACCAGCCUUCGUCCGUCCUCAUCCAACAAUUCGACAUGAUUCUAGCCCUCAACCCCGGCGGCAACACUUUCUACUUCGGACCUGUUGGCGAGAAUGGAAAGGAUGUUACCAAAUACUUCUCGGAUCGCGGUGUUGAGUGUCCACCACACAAGAACGUCGCCGAAUUCAUUCUCGAGACGGCCGCCAAGCCACACAAGCGCAAGGAUGGCAAGAAGAUUGACUGGAACGACGAAUGGGUCAACUCGCAACAAGCAAAGGACGUUAUCGAGGAGAUUGAGGGCCUAAAGCUGACCAGAAGCCAGACUCAGCCCGAGCACAAACGCAAAGAACAGGAGAAGGAGUUCGCCGCAUCAACAUGGCUGCAAUGCACUGAGCUUCUCCGCCGCACCUUCAAACAAUACUGGCGUGAUCCAUCCUACCUCUACGGAAAGCUUUUCGUUUCGGUCGUCGUCGGAAUCUUCAAUGGAUUCACCUUCUGGCAGCUCGGCAACACCCAGGCUGACAUGCAGAACCGCAUGUUUACGUCAUUCCUCAUUCUCACGAUUCCACCAACCGUUGUUAAUGCUGUCGUGCCCAAGUUUUUCACCAACAUGGCGCUUUGGCAGGCGAGAGAGUACCCAUCUCGAAUCUACGGCUGGGUUGCUUUCUGCACUGCAAAUGUCGUGGCCGAGAUCCCCGCUGCUAUCGUAGGAGCUGUGGUCUACUGGGUUCUCUGGUAUUGGCCCACUGGUCUUCCUACCGACAGCUCCACAUCUGGAUACGUCUUCCUCAUGACAUUGCUCUUCUUCCUAUUCAUGGCCAGCUGGGGUCAGUGGAUAUGCGCUUUUGCACCAUCCUUCACUGUCAUCUCCAACGUCCUUCCCUUCUUCUUCGUCAUGUUCACUCUCUUCAAUGGAGUAGUGAGACCUUACAUGCAGCUGCCCGUCUUCUGGAGAUACUGGAUGUACUACGUCAACCCUGCCACAUGGUGGAUUGGUGGUGUCCUCGCCGCAACUCUCGAUGGCAUUCCAGUCGAAUGCUCUGAACAGGAGACCGCAAUGUUCGACACACCCAAUGGCGAAACAUGUCAAGCCUAUGCUGGUGCAUACGCGAACGUCGCAGGUGGCUACGUUAUGAACCCAGAUGCCACUUCCGGAUGCAUGUACUGUACCUACAGUACCGGCAACCAGUAUCUCGCUUCACUUAACAUCAACGCCUCGGACAAGUGGAGGGACUUUGGUAUCUUCUUGGUGUUUGUUUGCACCAACUGGAUGCUGGUCUACUUCUUCAUCUGGUCAAUCAGAGUGAAGGGUUGGUCAUUUGGAUUCGGCCCUCUCUUCAACUUUCUCGGCAAGGGCGUGGAUGUUUUAAAGAAGCCUUUCAAGAAGAACAGCAAGAAGACUGAGGGAGAGUCUGAUGCAUAG